AUGGCGGCCAGCAAAGCUUCUCGGGUUGGCGAAGAAACCCGAAUCGACAAAGUCAACGCCGAACUGGUGACUCUGACAUACGGCACCAUUGUCGCGCAAUUGUGCAAGGACUUUGAGAGCGACUAUGUCGAGGUAAACAAGCAGCUGGACAAGAUGGGCUACAAUAUCGGGCUGCGACUCAUCGAGGACUACCUUGCCAAGUCCAACACGAUGAAGCGAUGCUCCAACUUUCGAGAGACGGCCGACAUGAUAGCGCGAGUCGGAUUCAAGAUAUUCCUCAACGUCACGCCGCAAGUGACAAAUUGGACGAAUGACAACAAUCAAUUCUCUCUCGUCUUUGACGAGAAUCCGUUUGCCGACUUUGUAGAGCUUCCGGACGACAAUCAUGCCCAGGACGAACUCUGGUACUCAAACAUCCUGUGCGGAGUCUUGAGGGGCGCACUCGAGAUGGUCCAGAUGCAGGUCGAGGCUCACUUCAUCAGUGACGUCUUGCGGGGCAACGACACGACAGAAAUGAGGGUUUCUUUAAUACGCUACAUUGACGACGAACUGCCCCCAGAUGAUGAUUGA